AUCUGGUACUCUGCUGUGACCUUGAGGCACUGUCAUGAUUGACUAGAUCACAGUCAAACAGAAAAGCUACGUUCAAAAGAGAAAGUGAAACUUGAAUGUUGGGUUGCUUUUUAUGGGGAUUUGUAGAGAGAAGUGCCAGGAGAAACUUAACCGUGUUUCAGCCAGUGUUACCCUAUCAUUCCCAUUUAACUGUAUUCAAUUUCAUUCUGGUAUUUAGGUCCUGCUUGUUAUAAAGAAAAAUCUGGUGACCAAAGACUUCCAACUACCUUAUUUCCAUCAUUUAUCAUUAAUUUCAACGUAAGAUGCCUAGGCAUGGCCAUUUCUAUGGAAGAAAUAGACUAUAUUUCUUGAGACUUCGUAGAUUCUGCCAGUUUAUUUUAAACCUCAGCGGGGAUGGCUUCUACAGCGGCUGGUUUGGAAAAGAAUCUUAUUGCAUCCUGAACACACCCGAAGAUUUCAGGCUGCUAAAUUCGGAGAAAGCUCGUGUUAUUUGUGCUAUGUGGCACUUUUUAUCGAGGCACAAGUUCAAGGAAGCAGCAAAGUUGCUUGCCCAUUCAAUUCAUGUGUAUCCUAUGUCACCGUCAUGGAUCUGGAGAGUAGCAUUCCAUAUAUUUCAGUGUCUGAAUGAUGAUGUUGGUCUGAAGUCGUUUAAUGAGGUUUUGGAUAUAUUUCUACUAAGUGAUGAAAAUAACCGCAUGCUGGAAUAUAUAUUGCAUGAGAUCAGCAAAGGAAACCUUGAAAAGGUCCAGUUUUGUCGUGCCAAUAAACAGGUUGUUCAGCGAAAUAAGUAUGGGAGUAUUCGUACAGUUUUGACGAGAGAGCCAGAAUUUGCUCAUGUUGAACGUCUACAAAGACUGUAUGAAGGUUAUAGUUUUUUCGGGAUGUGGUUAAAGCAGAUUCAUUCAAUGGUUUCAUGCGAUGAUCCCGAAGAAAAUCAUGUGAUAGCUGAUGAUUUAGCUGAGAAAGCGUAUCAUCGACUUCAGGAAGUUGAAGCUCUUGUAUCUGAAGGUCAUUUGUGCGAUGCAUUUGUCCGAUCAUUCGUUGAAAUACUACAAUAUUUCAAUGAAUGUACACGUGCACAUGCCUUAUUAUUGGCUUAUGCUCAGAAAGUACCAGAGAAUCCAAACACUUUGAGGUAUUUAUGUGAAUGGCAUAAACGUCAACCCGGACCAGUUUCUCAUUCAUCAGUCAUUCUAUCACCAUCUCAUUCGAUAGGGAAUAAUACGCAUAAUGAUUCAUCUGCUUAUCUUACAGAUGAUUUAAGUGGUGAAAUUGUUGAUUCAGAUCGAAUAGUAAAUCCUGAUUCCACUCAUCGAAUGAAGUCAUCUAAAAGUUUGAAGAGUUUGAAAACGUAUUUAAAGUAUCGUAUAUCGUUUUGUAGGCGUGUUCUGCCUGAGCCAGCCCCUUGUUUACCUGAUAAUUAUGAUAAUAUGACAAAAAAGGAAGUGAGAGAUUUAUUGCGAACAAACCAUGCUCAUGUGCAAACUAUAGUUACUUGUUUAAAAAGAGGAAAAUUGACCGAUGCUUUGGACCUUUCAUUUUCAUUGCUCGAUCAUCCUUCUUGGGCUGUAUUCUGCGAACCUUGGCGUCUUUUGCGUAAAAGUAUAUUGAUAAUUGGCAAAAAUAAUUCUCAAGUACUCCAUGCCUGGUCUGUGCGUAAAAUGUAUUGGAAUAAAUUGCAUUUUCGUCUGCCGAAUUUACCGGCUGUUGGGAAGUCUGUGAAGACAAUGUUGAAUAAACUGGAUUUGUCUAAUAUCAAUCUUUGCAGCGAAAAUUCACUGUCAAGUAGACCUCAAGACAUACAGUUAAAUAUUGUUUCACACUUGAAGCCAGUUACAUUACACAACCUUUCCAGUAUGGAUAUGUCUUCCUAGUUAUUUACUGUAUAGUAUCUGUUUAAGAAUUAUUAUUUUUAUUGUUUUUCGUUCAUACGUGAUCAUUUAUUAUACAGAUUAUCCGAAGCAUUUACUUUUUUCUUUUUACCAUUCUCUUACUUCGUGAAAACUUGAUUGACAGCUACCCCUUGAUAGAGCUUAUAUUAAAUGCCGUCGUAGUAAAAAUUACAUAUUUUUCUUUUCUUGGCGACGGUUAUUUCGUGUUGUAGGUCGGACUGGACUCUGUUAGCACACAAAUAUUUCCCUCGAGUAACAAGCAUUUCAGGUGUGCUGUAGGC